AGCAGCAGCAUGAGGCACCACACUUAGCAGCAGCACAUCUCCUCACUCAUACAGCACAGAGCUCGAGUGGAUCAAUGGCAGCCUCCAAGGGUCUUCUCGCCGCUCUCCUCCUCAUCGUCACCGUCAGCUUCGCACCCCACGAUGCCGAGGCGAACAAGGCUCCCCUUGCCCUCGUCGCCGGCGUGGUGCCAUGCAGCGCGGGGAGUUCCAUCAACGCGGCCACGGUUCCGGCGUUCCCCAACGCCGCCGUGCAGCUGAUGUGCGGCGGCAAGGUGAUGGCCAGCACGAAGACGGACCACAGCGGAGCCUUCACCAUGAAUAUGGGCACGGUCACCACGCAGCUGCUCGCGCCCCUGCUCGGCAACCAGUGCAAGGUGGUGGUGGUCACCCCGCUGGCCGCAUGCGACGCGUCCCUGGCCAGCGUCACCGGCACGCUGACUGCGCCCGUGCAGCUCCUCGGUGACAGCGGCAGUGGCAGUGGAAGCGGCAGCGGUGGUCUCGGAGGCCUCGGCGGUCUGAUUGGCCUCAUCGGCCAGAUCGUCGGCGGCCUGCUAGGCGGCAUCAUUAACAUCAUCCCCUUGCCCUUCUCCGUCGUCUAGACGCUCGGUACAUCACCGCCGGCGCCCCUGUCAAUCGACGGCACGGCGGAAUUAUAAAUACCUAAGAAGAAAACAAUAUGUAUGUAUGAAAGUAACCAUGGACCUAAUGGUCAAUUACCUACCCUGCUUUAUGGAGUCUGUCUCAUACGUACCAUGAAAUGUGUAACAAAGACUUAUCAGUCACUGUAUGUUUGUGGAAAAUAAAGCUAUAUACGUUUUUGUACGAA